AUGGCCGAAUCGCUCGACAUUGGAGUCCCAUGGAUCAUGUGUCAAGAGAGUGAUGCCCCGCAGCCAAUGAUCAACACUUGCAAUGGGUGGUAUUGCGAUCAAUUCACCCCAAAUAAUCCGAAUGUUCCUAAAAUGUGGACUGAAAAUUGGACUGGAUGGUUUAAGAAUUGGGGCGGCAAAGAUCCAUAUAGGACUGCCGAGGACGUUGCUUUUGCCGUAGCACGUUUCUUCCAAUACGGCGGGACUUUCCAGAAUUACUACAUGUACCAUGGCGGAACCAACUUCGGAAGAACAGCGGGGGGUCCUUAUAUCACCACCUCAUACGAUUACGAUGCGCCCCUUGAUGAAUACGGGAAUUUGAAUCAACCAAAAUGGGGGCAUCUGAAACAAUUGCACCGAGUGUUAAAGUCAAUGGAGAAGACCCUUACAUAUGGAAAUGUUUCUUCCAUAGAAUAUGGAAAUUCUGUCACUGCCACAAUAUACACCACGAACGAGACGUCGGGCUGCUUCUUUGGUAGUGCAAACCCAACCAAUGAUAUUACUAUUACCUACCAAGGAAGGAACUAUACUGUCCCUGCUUGGUCUGUCACCAUUCUCCCUGAUUGCCAGACUGAAGUCUAUAACACUGCUAAGGUUAAUACCCAGACAUCAGUAAUGGUAAAGAGGGCAAACGAUGCUGAGACAGAGCCGAGCAGUCUGAAGUGGUCAUGGAAGCCGGAAGCCACGGGCGACACCCUUUUUCACGAAAAUGGCCACGUUGUGGCUUACCAAUUGAUGGACCAGAAGACCGUGGCGGCUGAUACCAGUGAUUAUUUGUGGUACAUGACCAGUCUGAACCUCAAACAUCAUGAUCGCAUUUGGGGAGAUAACAUGACCCUGCGAGUGAACGGCACUGGACAAAUCCUUCAUGCCUUUGUUAAUGGCAAGCAUAUUGGUUCGGAGUGGACGACCUACGGGGUUUUUAACAAUGUCUUUGAGCAUCUGAUUGACUUGAAGCGCGGGAAAAAUUUAAUCACAUUGCUCAGCGUGACCAUUGGAUUGCAAAAUUACGGGCCCAAGUUCGACGUGACAGAAACCGGAAUACCUGGGCCAGUUGUGUUGAUAGGAAAGAAGCGCGACGAGAGCAUCACAAAGGACCUGUCAGGCCACAAAUGGGCUUACAAGGUGGGCCUCCAUGGCUUUGAAAACAGGCUCUACAGUGCCAAUUCAAAAUUUGCCUCCACAUGGCAAACCGAGAGCCUCCCCACCAAUACAAUGAUGACUUGGUACAAGACUACCUUUAAAGCUCCUUCAGGAACAGACCCAGUCGUCGUGGACUUGCAAGGGAUGGGCAAAGGAUCUGCUUGGGUGAAUGGGAACAACUUGGGACGAUACUGGCCCAGCUUCCUUGCUGAGAAGGAUGGAUGCAGCGACGCCCCUUGUGAUUAUCGUGGUUCUUAUGAUAAUAACAAAUGUGUUUCGAAUUGUGGUCAGCCUACCCAGAGAUGGUACCAUGUCCCGCGCUCGUUUUUGUCAAAUGGCGAUAACACGCUUGUACUUUUUGAGGAGUUGGGAGGAAAUCCAGCGUCGGUGAACUUGCAAACUGUUACGGUUGGAAAAGCAUGCGGGAGUGCUUAUGAGAAUAAUGCUUUGGAGUUGGCUUGCCAGGGUCGUCCCAUCUCAGCAAUCAACUUUGCAAGCUACGGCGACCCACAGGGCGUUUGCGGGUCAUUCCAGAAGGGCAGCUGCCAAUCACAAAAUGAUCCCUUGCCGAUUAUUCAAAAGGCAUGCGUUGGCAAGGAGUCGUGUUCACUAAAUGCUUCAGAUGAUAUUUUUGGAACAUCAAGCUGUGGAAGCAUCAACAAGCGACUCGUGGUGGAGGCUAUUUGUUAAUAUUUUUUCUUAGUAUUUUAGUCUUGAGAAAUUUGUAAUCAAUUAAUUAGCUUUGAUUGAAGUAUUAGGCUUAGUUCUUUGUUUGAAUCAAUUAGCUUUGAUUCAACGUUAUGCUAAAGGUUUGAGAUGUAGUGUUUGUUUUAGUUUUAAAACAAAAUGAGGUUGAGCUCAAGAUUAUUUCCAUUUCUAAA